AUGGUUCACUCCAAGAGGGCAGUCAUGUCACUCUUUACCUGUGCACUGCUCAUUCCGUCCCUUUUCACAACCCAUGUUACUGCAUCUCAUUUGCACCACCACGCAAACCUCCAUCGACAGGCUCGAGAGCCUGCCAAUCAAGGCCAGCGAAUUAGAUCCUUGGGGAGCGUGGCAGAAGAGGUACAAAUACCAGCAGCACUUACAUUUCGUGCCACCUCCAAUGCUUCUACCCAGGGCCAAGACGACUAUACUUGCGGUCCCGAUAAGCCAUGUUCCAACGAAGCUUGCUGCGGGCCCGAUGGAUGGUGUGGCUAUGAGCCCAAGUAUUGUGGCGAAGGCUGCCAGUCGAACUGCGAUGCCAAAGCAGAGUGCGGCAAUUACGCCAAGAAACCUGGCCAAGAAUGUCCUCUGAAUGUCUGCUGUUCACAGUAUGGCUUCUGUGGUACUACCAAGGACUUCUGUGCCAAAGGUUGCCAGUCCAACUGUGAUCAACCCAAGCCGUCCGUUUCAAAGUCUGAUGCUCGGCAGAGGAUAAUUGGAUAUUGGGAAGGUUGGAAUACCGAUCACGCUUGCGGUACCAUGACUCUCGGAGAGAUUCCUGUUGAUCAGUUGACCCACCUCAAUAUUGCCUUUGGUUAUAUUGAUAAAGAGUUUCGAAUCACAAACAUGGAUGGAAUCGCUGCAGACCUCUACAAGAACGUGGGGAAUCUCAAAGCUAAGAAUCCAGACCUCAAAAUCAUCAUUGCUCUCGGCGGUUGGACCUUUAGCGACCCAGGACCGUGGCAAGAUGUUUUCCCGUCUCUCGCUUCUACCAGCUCCAAUCGCGCCACUUUCAUUAAAAACCUCUUGGGGUUCCUAGAUGAGUAUGGCUACGAGGGCGUCGACUUUGACUGGGAAUACCCUGGUGCAAAAGAUCGGGGUGGCUCGGGUCAAGAUGGUGCCAACUUUGUGUCACUUGUCAAAGAGCUUCAAGCUGCGAUUAAAGCAAGUGGUCGUGACUAUAUCGUCACUUAUACUGCCCCGACCUCUUAUUGGUACCUUCGCCACUUUGACCCGAAGGCUAUGGAACCAUAUGUCGACUGGAUCAACCUCAUGUCCUAUGAUCUGCAUGGCACUUGGGAUAGCGACAAUCCCAUCGGAAGCCAGGUCUCGGCAUAUAGCAACUUAACCGAGAUUGACCUGGCGUUAGACUUGUUUUGGCGCGUUGGAGUCGAUCCAAAGAACAUCGUCCUUGGGUUGGGCUUUUACGGCAGGUCUUUCAAACUCGAUUCGCCCUUAUGCUGGAAGCCUGGCUGUCGUUUCAAGGGACCUGGAGACAAGGGCCCCUGUACCGAUACUGCUGGUAUCUUGUCCUAUCGUGAGAUCCAAAACAUCAUUUCCAAGACUGGUGCGACUUCAUAUCAUGACAGAACGGCUGCUGUCCGGUACCUUGUCUACGGUGACAACAAUUGGAUUUCUUACGACGAUCCAGAGACCUUCUAA